UUUAAUCUCUUCAGAUCGUUUGAAGCAGAUGUUCCUUAAUAUAGCAGUCAGCAGGCAAGAACAAGUGACCCAAAUGCAUAAACAAGUGACAAGUUUGGAGGAAAGAAUAACGUUACUGCAGACACAAUCUCUGGCGAGUUCUCGUUCAUCUACUCCGAGUACCAAUUCGAGGCCGACAACACCAUUUGAAGAAGAUUACAUUAAUAAUGCUGGCUGGGUUAUGGAAUUUCUGUUUUUCAUCGAAGAAGGCUUCAACUCUUGCGUAGUUGCACUGACUCCACAUUACCUGGUUACUUUCAGGCAUGGUACUCAUAAGCAAUACGUGAAUGGUACAACUGUUGUCCGAAUUGUUUCAGCAAAGACUGGUGCACAAUACGAAGCUACUGUUGUUCACAUUUGCGAAGAAGAAGAUUAUGUUAUUUUGAAGAGUCGUGAAAAAGUUGUAGAUCGAGAUUGUCCUUUGCAACAAUGCGAAGUGAUGAGGAAAUUCGUUGUUUGUGGUUUUGCAAACGGCCUUCCAGAAGUGACGUUUAGACGUGGAAUUGUGUACAGCAAUUAUCCCUACAUAUAUGAAAACAAGGGCAAACGUUUUGGCCCAUUUGUUUAUGGCACUGCCAGAACUUCUCCAGGGGAUUCUGGCGCCGCCUGCUUUGGAACAUGUGGGUUAAUGGCAAUCAACCUCGGUAUUACAUGCAUGCCCUUAAAAUAUCACGAUGUAGCAACCUCCGAGGCAGCAAUCUUUUCACCAAAUAAUUAUAUGUUGCCUGCAGUAAGACUUCUCGAAGUAGUGGCGAAAUUGGAACCGAAGAAACCUCCCAAGAGCCCAGAUCGUGUAAUCAAGAUUGACGGAUACGGCAAAUUCGGAUUUUAG